GAUUCCUGGAGCCCAUUUCAGACACUGCCACUAUGUCCUGGACGAAUCCAUCCUCAGGUAGCAGUAGGGGUGGUUUUGCUCCACGGCGAGGGCAAGGCCGUGGUGGUCGGGCGCCUCAGUUCAACAAGCCCCGGAAGCCAACCAAACCCGACAUUGUGCAAAAUCCGCUUGGAGACCUUGUCAAGAAUAUACGCGCUUCAGACCUUACCGUGGCAGCCCAGCAUCCUGCACAACCUCCAGAGAUAUAUGGCUGCCACUAUGUUGCGUCCUACAGUUGGCUCAAAGGCCAAACUCCUACCAUUGUGGUACCAGGAAAACCCCCACUGUGGACUCCUCUCGCAACCCCACAACGUUUGCCAGAAGAUCGCGGCCAGUAUUUUCGCGACUUGAACGCUGCAAAGUAUCCCGAGUACCCCAUGGCACCCGUAAUACAUGCCGUCCUUGAACAGGAUCCUGAAUAUCCUACUGAAUGCAUCGAUCUCUUUGCCUGUGGCAGUACCCUUGGUAGUCUCCUUCGCUUUGCCCGCGGCAUCGGCAAGGCUUUUCGAUUCGACGUUGAGGUGAUUGGAAGCACCGUAUUCUUUGUUCGCAAAGAAAAUGACCCCAAAGAGCUGAUUCAGGGUGUCAGAGGUUUUGGUCAUACUUUCCCUGAAGCCUACACCACUUGGGAGGAUCUUUCACACUCUGAGUCUCAUCAACGUAUUGUUCAAUACACAUUCGAAGGACUGGAAUGCCUUGUACGCUUCGAAAGUGAUGGCUACAUCAAAAAUAAUUCAACCACAGACAAGCUAUCUUCUGGGAAGCGUGCGACCACCGAGGGCGACCUUGUCCAAGCGCUCCAGGGUGUAUCCGUUGACUUGACGUGUGGAGAACGUGACAGCGCGGUCAAUGAGCUCACGGUCAAACGGGGUGGCUCCGAAGUGCCACAAAAUUCCAUCUUCGACUUGAAGACACGCUCUGGGAGGUACAAAAAGGAGAUUGACAUGAGCGACAUAUACCCGCAGUUGUGGAUCAAACAAAUACCCAACUUCAUCGUCGCAUACCAUGACGGUGCCGGCCUAUUCGAAGAUAUCCGGGUUCAAGACGUCAAGAGCGAAGUACAAGCUUGGGAAAAGGACAAUGCAGAUGGUAUCCGUCGCUUUGCAGCGCUCGUCAAGUUGAUCUUACAGGUCGCUAACGACAACAAACAAACGCUGUUAGAGGUCUACUGCCCAGGGCCAGACUCAUUAGAGAUCCGAAAGCAGCACGGGGAUGGCAUGCGGACAUUGCCACUUUACUUGAGCGAUCGAUGGGCUGAUUACGAGCAACGCGAGGAUUCUGGCCAUUCUCCCUCUCCGCCAAAUGGAGGCAUCAGUCUCAGCGACGGCGAGGAUCUUGAUGAGUUGAGGUAUGAUGACCAUCGCUACAAUUUCGGUAGUGAAUAUGACGAUGAUUCGGGCACCGAACCAGACUACACUGCCUGUUCCGCUGAAGACUGUGGAUAUUGCGGGAAGUGUUCUUACUGAGUAAAUUCUCGGUGUAAAAAUCUGUAUGCGGGCUCGUCGCAUUGAAAUGCAUGCCGCAUCUGGUUCACGAUUCGCCAUAAGUACAUGGAAGGACUGAAAGACUUUUGGUGGAUGGUGUGGAGGUUUGAAGCCAGCGCGUCCAACGUACCGUACUAGUAGUACAGUGAGGUUUUUGGACUACGGUACGAACCGUAGUUUGGUGGUGAGAGCAAAGUACGCGUAGAGUACACUGUAAUUACGGCCCGUAGUUCCACCGUAGUACGGUGCGUUGGACGCGCAAUUGAAGCAUAUGCGAGGUUGCCAUCUUCUAUUACAGUACUGUUACAAUGCUAUCUGAUUUA